AACGGUUACCGCUAGCACCACCCACCUCCCCCAUUCCCGACGGAAGUAGGCAGGGGCCGCGCGCGGAGCGCGCCCGCCCGCCCCAGCAUGCACCGCGAGCGCGAUCACGCGCGCCGCCUGCGCCAAGCCGUCCGGGCGCCCAGGCUGGGACGGGGUGAAAUGGCAGCCUCUUCCUCAUCCUCCUCAGCUGGCGGGGUCAGCGGCAGCUCUGUAACAGGAUCAGGGUUCAGCGUUUCAGACCUGACACCGCCCCGAAAAGCCCUCUUCACUUACCCCAAGGGAGCCGGAGAGAUGCUGGAAGAUGGCUCCGAAAGAUUCCUCUGUGAAUCUGUUUUCAGCUAUCAGGUUGCAUCUACAUUAAAGCAAGUGAAACAUGAUCAACAAGUCGCACGGAUGGAAAAACUAGCCGGUUUGGUGGAAGAGCUGGAGGCAGAUGAGUGGAGGUACAAGCCAAUAGAGCAGCUCCUGGGAUUCACUCCCUCCUCAGGCUGAGUGUGUGUGAUUGCUGCUGUCAGGGAGGAGAAGUAAAACAUUCUCUGGCCUGGCUUCAAAACACCCCCCCAUUUAUUAAGACGCUGACAGCUGCAUUGGCAGGACUGGGUUUUUGUUGUGUUUUUUUUAAGUUGAGAGUAGGGAUCCCCCCUAAAGCUGCCAGUAAAUGGAAAUGACGGGAUUCUCCAAGUCCUCCGCGAUGUUACGGGCUGGCGGGGCUCAGUUUCUGUAACUUAGAAGGUAGGAUCAGUUUCACAGAACUUGGAGAAUCACCUUAUUGCUCAUGGAGAAGGGAAGAUUUACAGUGUGUGGUGGUGGGGAAAGCAACCCAGAAACUUGGCCUGGCCUUUCUCUGUGCGUGGCCGAAGGACCGGGUGAUCAGUGAGAUGCGAAGCGCGUGUCCUUGUUGCUCGAGCCAGGCCUCUGUAGAACACAGGUAGGCCAUCCUGCCAAAAGCACUCUUCACCCCUAGCCAUUGUUUUGGGGGAUGAACAGGACAGGAACUGUCCCAGGUCGGUUAAGAGGGGGCAAGUGGUGAUGCUUUUCUGCAGAGCCACCUCGUGUAUCACUGGAGCUGUUUUCUCUCUCUUGCUGUUUCCCUUGUGUCUGCACAACAAGUGCUGGUAGGACACUGCUCUCUAAUGCAGAAACUGUAUCUUUAAUACCCUGAAACUCUUUUUUUAUCUUUGUUACAUAUUAGAUUGCUCUGUGAUAAUAAAAGAAUUGUGUCUUUGAAA